AUUAUUAUCAAUGUGACUCCUCGGGGGAGUCAAUGAUGGUGUUGAGGAGGAGGAGGAUGAUGAGACGCCUCUAAACUUGGAACAAGUUUAGGACUUUGAAAGAGAAGAAAAAAAAAUACAACCAACAAGACUGAAGAACAAUUAUAACUAUCCUGUGUUGAUUAUUUUUUAUAAACGAUAAGAAAAAGUUGUUGGAUUUUUUUUCAAAUGGUUACUUUUUGGGGGAGGGAAUUUUGUUACAGUUUAAGGAUGGAAAAUGCAAAAGCCAGAGCCAGGUGCAUAAUCUUGUAAUCUGUGGCUAACCCUGGAACAGGACUGACUACUACUUAAAAUACUCUUUUGGGGGAAUACACAUGUGAGAUACUAAGUACUUGCAGAAGAUUUUUGUCUCUCUUUUUUUUUUAAAGUCUCUUUCCUUGGAAUAUUGUGAGCAAAUUUGUGGCCACUGAAGGUUUGUGUGAUUUGCUAAAAUGCAUCACCAACAGCGAAUGGCUGCCUUAGGGACGGACAAAGAGCUGAGUGAUUUACUGGAUUUCAGUGCGAUGUUUUCGCCUCCUGUAAGCAGUGGGAAAAAUGGACCAACUUCUUUGGCGAGUGGACAUUUUACUGGCUCAAAUGUAGAAGACAGAAGUAGCUCAGGGUCCUGGGGGAAUGGAGGCCAUCCAAGCCCAUCCAGGAACUAUGGAGAUGGGACUCCCUAUGACCACAUGACCAGCAGGGAUCUUGGGUCACAUGACAAUCUCUCUCCACCUUUUGUCAAUUCCAGAAUACAAAGUAAAACAGAAAGGGGCUCAUACUCAUCUUAUGGGAGAGAAAACGUGCAGGGUUGCCACCAGCAGAGCCUCCUUGGAGGGGACAUGGAUAUGGGCAAUCCAGGAACCCUUUCGCCCACCAAACCUGGCUCCCAGUACUAUCAGUAUUCUAGCAAUAACACCCGGCGGAGGCCUCUUCACAGUAGUGCCAUGGAGGUGCAGACCAAGAAAGUCCGGAAAGUUCCUCCAGGUUUGCCCUCUUCAGUCUAUGCUCCUUCAGCAAGCACUGCCGACUACAAUAGGGACUCGCCAGGCUAUCCUUCCUCCAAACCAGCGGCCAGCACUUUCCCUAGCUCCUUCUUCAUGCAAGAUGGCCAUCACAGCAGUGACCCUUGGAGCUCCUCCAGUGGAAUGAAUCAGCCUGGCUAUGGAGGGAUGCUGGGCAAUUCCUCUCAUAUUCCGCAGUCUAGCAGCUACUGCAGCCUGCAUCCCCAUGAACGUUUGAGCUACCCAUCCCACUCCUCAGCAGACAUCAACUCCAGUCUUCCUCCGAUGUCCACGUUCCAUCGUAGUGGCACAAACCAUUACAGCACCUCUUCCUGCACACCUCCUGCCAACGGGACGGACAGUAUAAUGGCAAAUAGAGGAACUGGGGCAGCAGGCAGCUCCCAGACUGGAGACGCUCUGGGGAAAGCCCUGGCUUCGAUCUAUUCUCCAGAUCACACUAACAACAGCUUUUCAUCAAACCCUUCAACUCCCGUGGGCUCGCCUCCUUCGCUCUCAGCAGGCACAGCUGUUUGGUCUAGAAACGGAGGACAGACCUCAUCAUCUCCUAACUAUGAAGGACCCUUGCACUCUUUGCAAAGCCGUAUUGAAGACCGUUUAGAGAGACUGGACGAUGCGAUUCACGUCCUCCGGAAUCAUGCAGUGGGCCCGUCCACAGCUGUACCCGGUGGCCAUGGGGACAUGCAUGGGAUCAUUGGACCCUCCCACAAUGGAGCGAUGGGUGGUCUGGGCUCAGGGUAUGGAACUGGCCUUCUUUCAGCCAACAGACAUUCGCUCAUGGUUGGGGCCCACCGCGAAGACGGCGUGACUCUGAGAGGCAGCCAUUCUCUCCUGCCAAACCAGGUUCCGGUUCCACAGCUUCCUGUCCAGUCGGCAACUUCCCCGGACUUGAACCCACCCCAAGACCCCUACAGAGGAAUGCCACCAGGUCUCCAGGGCCAGAGUGUGUCGUCUGGCAGCUCCGAGAUCAAGUCCGACGAUGAGGGCGACGAGAACCUGCAAGACACCAAAUCUUCUGAGGACAAGAAAUUAGACGAAGACAAGAAGGAUAUCAAAUCCAUUACUAGGUCAAGAUCUAGCAAUAACGAUGAUGAGGACCUGACCCCAGAGCAGAAGGCAGAACGUGAAAAGGAGCGGAGGAUGGCCAACAAUGCCCGCGAGCGCCUGAGGGUCCGCGAUAUCAAUGAGGCUUUCAAGGAGCUGGGCCGCAUGGUGCAGCUCCACCUGAAAAGCGACAAGCCACAGACCAAGCUUCUGAUUCUCCACCAGGCCGUGGCUGUCAUCCUCAGCCUGGAGCAGCAAGUGCGAGGUCAGGAGAUAGAUGCCUAAGCAGCCCCCAAAGAAUUGCUAG